GCGCUGAAAUUCAAAUUUGAACGGCUGUAUAGUGCAGAGAGAAGAAGAGGAAGAAAAGCAGAGAAGAGAGAAGCAGAGAGCCGCUCAGCUCACCUCGUUUCUGUACACAUAGUGUGUACAACACUUAUAAAGUACUAAGUUGUAGUUAUAUCUCUCAAUUAAGGAUAACCAUCCAAAAUGGAUCCAUUUACUGAGAAACUGUUGGAGCGGACCCGGGCUCGCCGAGAAAACCUGCAGAAGAAAAUGGCAGAUAGACCAAAUGCAGCAAACAGACAAAUGGCCAAAAGGCCCAGAGAGCCGCUGGCUGACACCAACAGUGUGAUCAGUGAGGCAUUCAUUGAUAAAGUUCCACAGGUGUCCUCCAAGCCCUCCCCCUCAAAGCGCAAGUGCUCAGAAGAAAAUGUUCAGCCUGCAGCCGGUGAGGAGAACCAGGAGCCAGUGAUGACACAAGCUGUGGCUCCUAUGCUCUCCGAUCCUCCCACAGACAAGAAACCCCCGGUGGGGCCUGCCAGCGUUCGAUCCAGCUCGUCCCUGGAGAAGACCGCUACCCGGCCUGCUGUCCAGCCUCAGCCAGGCCAGCUGAAAGCUCCAGAGCCAGAGAAGAUGGCCGUCACCCCGGCACCUAAUCCUCCCAGCAGCAGGGAAGUAGAGACGGUGCCUGCCAGUUCAGCCCUGCAGAGGAACAAGGAGGACCUGGUGGAAGUCACAGCUCCAUCUGCUGCUGGCAUGAAGUCUCGUCUGCAGAGGCUGGCAGAGAAGAGAAAGUGCUGGGAUGGCGAUGACACCUCUGAUGAAGUUCCCGACUGCGCUCCCCUAUCCCUGUUGAAGAGGCAAGCUGAGGAGGUCCCACCAGCUGUUGUCCCCACCGUGUCCUCGGGAACCCCAAUGGGGAGGAGAGGCAGACUCGCUAACCUCGCUGCCACCAUUGGAACCUGGGAAGACGACCUAAGCCAUGCUAACAUUCCCCAUGAGGAUGCAAAAGAGAAGCCUGGCACAGCUGUUCCCAAGUUUGCGGUCAGAAGCGCUACCGUGGCUGCCGGCACUAAACCAGGUGCUGCAGGCAAUGUGGUGGCCAGUUCAACUGCAAGCAGCAAGUACACACCCAGCUCUCAGCAGUUCCUGUCUGCUCCAGUAAAGCCAAGCCGAGUGGAUCUUCCAAGCCUUCAGAAGGCUGACAUUCCUGCAGCCAGGCCAGCACUCAAGUCACUAGCCAGUCCUCAGAAGAGUUCCAGCCAGGGGACGACCUUCCCCUCUAGUCCCCAGAAGAGCUCCCUCCAGGGAACAGCAUUCCCAUCCAGUCCCCAGAAGUCCGCCCCGUCCUCCUCAACUACAGUGCCUCAAAGUCCCCUGAAGAACCAGGCCCUCUCCAGAGGUCUCAACCUCACCUCCAGCCCCCAGAAACCAGAACUCCGUGCCAAGCCCACUAUUGCUGGCCCCUGUACCCCUCAGGAAAUUGCCACUGCUGGAGCACCUGGUGUAAAAUCUUUUCUGGAGCGCUUUGGAGAGAGGUGCCAGCAGCGUACCAACCAGAGCUCCCCAGCAGGGGGCGCCACCCACACCAAGACUCCCACUGUAACUCCAUCAGUCACACCAAACACCAGACUGGCACAGGAGAGGUUCAGAGCUGCCCAGGCUGCACAAACCACCACUGCUGAUCUCACCCAAAGACAGAAGCUGGAGCGUGAGUCUGAGCUGGCUCAGAUUCGCGGUCGCUUUCAGAAGGGGAACAAUAUGUGGAAAAACAAAGAUGGAGCAGCAGAAACCAAUAAAAACACAGACAUCAAGGAACAGCUUAACAAGCCUGUGGAGGCUGAAGUUGCCCCAUGUGAGCCACAGGAUGAACCCACAGCGCCCUCUACUGACCGUGCGGAUACACCCACAAAGUGCCCUCCUCCAGCAGGUCAUGGGUUGAUGAUCUCACCGCCUGCCUCAACAUCCAGUCCUCUGAGGGUGGUCAGCCAUGCUGUAGAGAAAACAACCGAUGAAACCCCAGAGGAAGAAGAGGAGGUGGUCAAGGAGAUUGAGAUGAAUGUGGACCAGUCCAUCAACUCUGCAGUUAUCAACGAGCUGUUUGAUGCAGUCCUGGAGCAGAGUGAUGAUGAUGAUGAGGAGGAGGAAGAUGCUUUGAAUAUCUCCUCCAUGUCCCUCCUCACUCCACUAGCAGAGACUGUGGCUGCUGUGGUGAAGAGUCCAGAGAGAAGAAUGAUGACGUCAACUCCGGCCAGCUCAUUCAUCGUAAAGAGCAACGCUCAAGACAACGUUUCCAAACCUAGCAAGUUCCAGAGAACCAACAUGACGCGGGCUGCCUCCUCAGACAGCGUUGAGGCCUUAGACGAGGACCACAAACUGCCAUAUAGCAUUGAUGCAUACAGGUCCAUCAGGGUGAAGGAGUGCGAGAGACCCGACGUGAAACAGGUGAUUGUGAGAAAAGAGGACGUUUCUCACAGAGCGGAGGAACCCAGAGGAUCCAGUGUCUUCAAUAUCAAACAGAAGAUGAAGAUUCUGACAAAUGAGCUGAACCUGCAACAGACAGUCAUUCAUCAGGCCAGUCAGGCGCUGAACUGCUGCACAGACGAAGAGCACGGCAAAGGAUCCCAGGUGGAGGCUGAGGCGGAGAGGCUGCUGCUGGUGGCAACGGAGAGGAGGGAAGCGUUGAAGGCAGAGCUGGACCGUCUGAAAGGAGACCCAACAGGCCAGAAAAAGGCCUCUGCAGCCCCAGAACGUACCAGCAUGUCUGCAUCCAAGGGCUCCAUCACCCUGCAGGAGUUCCGCCUGCCACUCAAGGCAGACUUUGUUUGCUCCAUCGCCAACAAGCCAGAGUCAACCAAACAUUCCUUCUUCAUGAUGAUUCGUGCCGGAGCAGAGAACACUGUGGCCACACCGUUAGCCAGCACACACCACGGCCUCAGUGGGGACACCCUGUCUUUCCCCACCAAGUUCACCAUGUCUGAUGUCUCCAGUGACUUUAAAAUUGACAUUGAGGUCUAUAGCUUGGUGCAGAAGCGUGACGUCUGCAAUGACAAGAAGAAGAAACCGAGCAAGUCAAAGAUAAUAUGGAGACAGGUUCAUGAGGCCCAUGAUUUGUGUAUGUCGGCUAUCACUCCAAAGAGAUUCCUCGCCAUCACCAAAAGUGCCCACACACCAGUUAUGGCCAGUCCAGGAGGCCCCAAUGCUAUUCGCACCAGUAACUUCGUCCUGGUCGGAUCUCACAAGCUCACCCUGUCCUCCAUUGGGACAAACAAAUUUCCUUUGGAGAAGAUCAAUUAUGAAGGAAGUGAAAGAGAACUGCUCAAUGACAUGUUUCCUACCAAGGUGCCAUUCCUGUGCCCUCUGGAGGGCCACGUCUACCUCAAGAUGCAGUGUGAAGUUGGCUCAAAAGUGGAGGAGAAAGGCUUCCUGACGAUGUUUGAAGAUGUAAGUGGAUUUGGAGCCUGGCACAGAAGGUGGUGUGUCUUGUCAGGAUACUGCAUCUCCUACUGGACCUACCCAGACGAUGAGAAGCGCAAGAAUCCUAUUGGUCGCAUCAACCUGGCUAACUGCACCAGUAAGAAGGUGGAACCAGCCAACAGAGAGUUUUGUGCCAGACCCAACACAUUUGAGCUCAUCACAGUCAGACCACAAAGAGAGGAUGACAAAGAAACGCUCGUCAGCCAGUGCAAGAAUACCAUGUGUGUCACCAAGAACUGGCUGUGUGCGGACACUAAGGACGAGAGGAACCUGUGGAUGAGGAAACUGACCCAGAUUGUGGUGGAUCUGCGUAUGUGGCAACCAGACGCCUGUUACAGGCCACUGUAAUUACUGCACUCCGUCACAACAAUCAGCCCUUCUAUCUUUUGGACUGUCUAUAUCAGUGACACAUGCAAUUACAAAGUGCAAUACAGUUUAAGAAUUGUUAAAUAUUUUUUACUUGUGGAUAUUUUACAGGAGAUUAGUGAUCCAACACAUAAGUUAUAGAUCAGAGAAGAGUAAAUAAAGCCAUACAUUUGAAACAUUUC